UAGUUAAUGGUAGCAACCAGUGACAUACCAACACCAUUGAAAAAUCUCAAGUCAUUCGUUGAUUUAUACAUUUAGAAUUGAUCAACGAUUGUUCAUUUAAAAUAAUGGAGGAGAUGGGCAUUAUUUUGCCUGAUAAGGAUGUUGGAGAAAUGGAUUGUAAACCUGUAACUGGACAUUACACUGGUGCUGGAGAUGAAUUAGAUGUUGAAGAUUUAUAUACUAAAUAUAAGAAAUUACAAAGGAUGUUGGAAUUUCUUGAAGUUCAAGAAGAAUACAUCAAAGAUGAGCAACGUAAUUUAAAAAAAGAAUAUUUACAUGCUCAAGAAGAGGUAAAACGUAUACAAAGUGUACCUCUGGUUAUUGGGCAAUUUUUAGAAGCUGUAGAUCAAAAUACUGGUAUAGUAGGUUCCACUACAGGCUCUAAUUAUUAUGUAAGGAUUUUGUCUACAAUUGAUAGAGAGCUGUUAAAGCCUUCUGCCAGUGUAGCACUUCACAAGCAUAGCAAUGCUUUAGUAGAUGUUUUACCUCCGGAAGCUGAUUCAAGUAUAUCAAUGUUGCAAGCAGAUGAGAAACCUGAUAUUCAGUAUAGUGAUAUUGGAGGUAUGGAUAUGCAGAAACAGGAAAUCAGGGAAGCAGUAGAAUUACCUCUUACUCAUUUUGAAUUAUAUAAGCAGAUUGGAAUUGAUCCCCCAAGGGGUGUGUUAAUGUAUGGUCCACCUGGAUGUGGUAAAACUAUGCUUGCAAAAGCUGUAGCUAGACAUACUACAGCUGCGUUUAUUCGCGUAGUAGGUUCUGAAUUUGUACAAAAAUACUUGGGUGAAGGACCAAGAAUGGUCAGGGAUGUUUUCCGUUUAGCCAAAGAAAAUUCACCAGCUAUAAUUUUUGUUGAUGAAAUUGAUGCUAUAGCCACGAAAAGAUUCGAUGCUCAAACAGGAGCAGAUCGCGAGGUGCAACGUAUUCUUUUAGAAUUGCUUAAUCAAAUGGAUGGUUUUGAUCAAACCACCAAUGUUAAAGUUAUAAUGGCAACGAACAGAGCGGAUACGUUAGAUCCUGCGCUUUUACGUCCUGGUAGAUUAGAUCGUAAAAUAGAAUUUCCUUUGCCCGAUCGUCGACAAAAACGUUUGAUAUUCUCUACAAUUACUGCCAAAAUGAAUUUAAGCGAAGAAGUGGAUCUCGAAGAUUAUGUAGCCCGGCCAGAUAGGAUUUCCGGCGCUGAUAUUAAUGCAAUUUGUCAAGAAGCAGGAAUGCAUGCUGUUCGUGAGAAUCGAUAUAUAGUUUUAGCGAAAGAUUUCGAAAAAGGUUACAAGAACAACAUCAAGAAAGACGAAUCUGAACACGAAUUUUAUAAAUAAAAAGGAGACAAUGUACCCUUAUGUGUCCUUGAUAUUUCAUGAUCACAUAUGUAUUUACAAGUUCAUGUAUUGCUAUGAAUCAAAUAAUAUACGUUUACACACUU